UUCAGUGACGAUAAAAGUGAACGCGGAUCAAGUUGGGCCGCAAAACUUUCCACACACGCAUAGCUGUCAGAUUAGUUGACCCACAAGCAACAACAACAACAAGAACAACAACAAAAAAGAACUAUGUUGUUGUCACAGAAUUUGCGACUCGGUCGGGGAUUUGUUAAUUACGGAGUUUGCCGCCAGAGCUUGAGAAACUUUGCAGCCGUUGGUGGUGAUAAAAACAAAGGCCCCGCUGAUAACAAUGCCAGCGAAGUGGACGAGCGACACCCGCUGCAUGGCAUCCGGAUUUUGGACCUAUCACGCAUCAUCGCCGGCCCCUACUGCACCAUGGUACUGGCGGAUCUCGGGGCGGAGGUCAUCAAGGUGGAGCGUCCGCACUUCGGCGACGAGGCCAGGAAAUGGGGGCCACCCUUCCUGGAGAACAGCAAAGAUGCCGCCUAUUUCCUGGCGCCGAAUCGCAACAAGCGGAGCAUCUGCAUCGACAUCAAGCGCGGCACACGGCUCCUGCAUCGCCUGGCCGAGAUUAGCGACGUGCUGGUGGAGAACUAUGUGCCCGGCACCUUGGAUCGCUACGGUUUGGGCUACGAGCAGUUGCGUAAGGUGAAUCCAAAGCUGAUCUAUUGCUCUAUGACGGGCUAUGGCUCCGUGGGCCCGUAUGCCAAGCGACCCGGCUACGAUGUGAUUGCCUCCUCCGUGGGCGGACUGAUGCACAUCACCGGGGAGCGGGGUGGACCGCCCAGCAAGGUGGGCGUGGCCGUGACCGACAUGUCCACGGGUCUCUAUGCCCACGGAGCGAUUCUGGCGGCCCUCUAUCAAAGGACACGCACUCAGCGGGGCCAGAAGAUCGAGGUGAACUUGCUGUCCACCUGCUGCUCCCUGUUGCUCAACGUGGGCAGCAACUACUUGAAUUCGGGAGUCGAGGCCGACAGAAUGGGCACUGCCCACUCCAGCAUAGUUCCGUAUCAGAGCUUCAAGACAAGGGAUGGCUAUCUCACACUGGGCACCGGCAGUGAUGAUCAGUUUCUGGACCUUUGUCGUCGCUUGAAUGUGGAGGAAUUGCCCCGGGAUCCGAAGUUCAAAACCAACAAAGAUCGUGUCAGGCAUCGGGAUGAGCUGAUCAAUAUCUUGGAGCAAAUGCUAGCUGGGGAUACAUCCCGCAACUGGAUGAAGCUAUUCGAGGGUGCCUCCUUUCCCGUGGGUCCUGUGAACUCUAUUCCCGAAGUGUUCGAGGACGAACACAUUAAAGCAAUUGGCCUGGUCAAAACCCUGUCACACCCUAAAGAUGGAUCCGUCAAGGUGGUCGGACCUCCCGUGGUCUUUAGCGAAGGGCGGAACGAUGCCCGGACAGCUCCUCCGAUUCUGGGCCAACAUACGGACGAAGUGCUGGGAGAACUUUUGGGCUUUGGGCAGGAAGAGCUAGACCAGCUGAAGAAGGAUAGCAUUAUUCAAUAAACCGUCUAGGUUUUGGACGGAGACCAACAACAAAUUUUACGGACAUGUCUCUGGAUUCUUAAAAAAAAAAACAUUCGUAAAUUAAAUGCUAUCAAAGCUUAUCUUCCGGUUACACACAAAAUGCUAAAAGAUCUAAAGUAAAUUAACAUAUAAUUAACUAUAUUUCACGAGACUUCGCUUUGCUAGAAAUUCGUUACAACUUUUUAAUUCUACUGUCGGGUCAGAAGUCAUGUGAAAAGGCCAAAGAUUACUUUUAACUUUCAAUCAGUUCUGCGUCGUAAAGUUCGAACCCUCCCUAAUAUACAAAUUAGCAGUGAUUUGAAUGGUGCCGAUUUGUACUUAGCUAAGGUGCAAGCCAUAAAUAAGCAUACGGUAAAAGGAAAUUGAUUUUUUAGUGCCC